AUGGGUUUCAGGCUCAACCUCAAAUGGUGUGGCCUUUCAGUUCAGUCUCCGCUCUCCACAACCACUUCAUCUUGGCCAACAUCAUUUUCUUGUAUGAAGAGGGAUAGUUCCUACUGCUGGGAUAAAUUAUCGGCUGCAUCGGUUUUGUAUGGCGAGGCAGAAAUGCUUAACGAUGAUUCAAGAGAACGUAUUUGCUCGUCUUCACCUCAACUUCUGGAAGACUAUUACUUGAGAGCUGGAGAAUCGAAGGUGGCACUUGGGAAUGGUUCCGGUGAUGAUUUAUACAUUUUACUUGAUAAAGACAAUGAAAUCUCUAAAAUCGAGGAUAAACAGGCGCACCUAACUAGCUUGCAAUCAAGCCAAGCAUCACAAUACGGAUUGCUAAUGAAAAAUCUCGAUGAGCUAGAAGAGCUGUUUGCAUAUUCCAAUGACGCAAGGUUGGAAAAGGACAUUAUGGAACAAUUAGAAAGACUUGGAGCUCUAAGGUUUUUCCAUUCAUGUCUAUCCAGGACUCUCGAGUCCUCAACUUAUUCUAAUUUGUGUAAUGCACAUGAUGAGAUUAUUGUUGGCGAGCACAGAAUAAGUGAUCGUGUGGGCAAGUUGUUCAUUCAAUCUGGGAAAAAAGAGAUGAGAAAAUUGAGAAGAAAUAAAAAAAUCAAGAAGGAAGGUGAACGGUUGGACUCCAUUUCAAGGGAAGUUCUGGAGCUGAAAUUUGGGCUGCCGAGUAGAAAGAGAGGUAGAAGUCCAAGAUCGAAUAUUGCUCGGAUAGAGGCAGAUAUGUCCAGUGGAGUAAAGAUGGUUGCAAAAUUGGAAAAACUCAGGGUGAUGCUAGAAGAUGAAACUGGCCAAAUAGCUAGCCCGAGUGAUUGGGCAAAAGUUGCUGGGUUUGAAAAGAAUGAAUUGCGACAGCAUUUGCAUUAUGGCUGGUAUUGUAGAGAUGAGCUACUGAAAAGCACGCGCUCGUUGGUUAUAUUUAUCUCCAAAAACUAUUGGGGUCUUGGGGUACCCUUUGAAGAUCUAGUUCAGGCAGGAAGUAUGGGUGUGUUGAAAGGUGCAGAAAGGUUUGAUCGAACAAGAGGAUACAAAUUUUCGACCUACGUUCAGUAUUGGAUUAGAAAAUCUAUGUCAACAUUAGUUGCGAAACAUGGCAGAGGAGUCCGAAUUCCUUGCACAUUAAGCAUGACAAUAAAUCAAGUGCAGAAGGCACGGAAGGCCCUUUGUGCCAGCAAUGGAAAAUAUCCAGAUGACACUGAAAUUGCCCGUUUUACUGGUCUAUCCAUGGCGAAGAUUAAGUCAGCUAACAAAUGCCUCAGGGUCGUGGGAUCAAUAGAUCAUAAAAUUGGCGAGGGCAUCAACGUGGAUUAUAUGGAGAUUACACCUGAUAAGUCAAUAUUAAGUCCAGAAGAGAGUUUUAUCAGACAACAAAUGAUAAAGGAUCUUUACACUCUUUUGAACGGCUUGGGGCCAACAGAGAAGCAGGUUAUAAUCCUAAGAUUCGGACUAGGAAAUAAUCAACGCAAGUCGCUUGACGAAAUCGGAAGAAUUUUUCGGGUCAGCAAAGAGUGGAUUAGAAGAAAAGAAAAAUCUGCACUUACAAAACUGAGGAGUGAGGAUUGCAUCAAAUUUUUGAACCAUUAUGCAUAUAUGAAACAAAUCUGA